AUGUCCUACCAAUAUCCCCCCAACCAGCAACCCUACGGUGCGCCGCCAUAUGGCCAUCCUCAGGGCGCACCUGCACCAGGUCCUCCGCAGGGCUACUCACAACAGCCUCCUUACCCUCAACAACAGCCUUACGGCGCUCCGCCCGGCCCCCCACCGACCGGUCCCCCCCGCAGGGUCACUAUCCACCCCAGCAGGGCUACGGCCAGCCUCCUCAGCAGCAGGGCGCAUACUACGGCGCUCCUUCACCUCAACCUCCUGCCCCCUACGGCGCGCCACCGCACGGGUACCAUGCGCCUCCCCAGCAGCCUCCAUAUGGUCAACCCCCGCACGGUCAGUCGCCCUACGGACAACCUCCACCUGGCCCCCCCUCCAGCUCACGGUGCUCCUGGAUACGGUGCGCCUGGCCCAUAUGGUGCUCCCGGCGGUGCUCCUCUGAUGGGGCCUCCGGCCCAACCAUCCCUGGGCUAUGUCCCCGGCCAACUGGCACCGGGCGACUUCCGGCAGCAAGCGGACGCCUUGCGCAAAGCGAUGAAGGGAUUCGGUACUGACGAGAAGGCACUGGUCCACGUGCUCUCGCGCCUCGACCCUCUCCAAAUGGCCGCCGUGCGCGCCACAUACUCGAAACACAUCGGGCGUGAUCUGUACAAGGAUGUCAAGUCCGAGACGGGCGGUGACCUCGAACAGGGGCUGCUGGCCGUGAUCGAGGGCCCCCUCAUGCACGACGUGGCUUGUGUCCGUGAAGCCAUCCAAGGCGCCGGCACAAAGGAGUGGCUCCUGAACGACGUCCUCCUCGGCCGGUCAAACGCCGAUCUGAACGCCAUCAAGGCCGCCUACGAGCGUACCUACCACCGCCAGCUGGCCAAGGACGUCGAAGACGAUCUCUCCUUCAAGACGGCCGAUCUUUUCAAGAUCGUGCUCCAUGCCACCCGCCACGAAGAAUCGACCCCGAUCAACCCGCAAGCCAUCGAAUCCGAAGUGCGCACCCUGCACAACUCCACCGCCGCACGAAUGGUCAACAACGUGACUGAGGUCUGCGGGAUCUUUGCGCGGUCGUCGGAUAACGAGCUGCGCGCGAUCGAUCAGGCUUUCCACGGCCGGUACCAUGCCUCGCUUGAGAAGCACGUCGAGAAGGAGUUCUCGGGCCACAUGGAAGACGCACUGCUGCACAUGCUGCGCACGGCGACGGAUCCUGCCAUGCGCGAUGCCAUCCUGCUUGAGGAGUGUAUGGCCGGUAUGGGGACGAAGGAGGAGCGGUUGAUUGUGCGCGUGGUCCGGUUGCACUGGAACCGGAGUCAUAAGGAACAAGUUAAACGUGCUUAUCGGCAUCGGUUCCAGAAGGAUCUGAUUGAACGCGUGCGCGCGGAGACGUCGGGUGAUCUUGAGCGGUUGCUGGUUGCGCUGCUCGAGUAA